AUAUAAAUAAAAUUAAAAAAUCAUAUAAAUACAAAAAAUAAAGUGUCUCGUAGAGUAAGAUUAAUUGAAUCAUUUACCCACCAUUUAGAAUACUACAGUCGCAUGCACAAUUGUUAAUUUAACUUAAAACUCCUAUGAAUGGGAUCCAAGCGCUUUUGUCGAAUUAGUAGGUUCCCCAACAGAAAGAGGUGGCAGUGUCACAGAGCUUGUUUGGCCCAUCGGUUGGUUGCUUGGUAACCUCUUGUUGCUCGAUGAUUGGGGGGGGGGGGGGGAUUUCUCUUGAGGCGCUGGGACCGAAAAGUACCGUUAAACGAGUCAGAAUGUCGAAGAUGCCUGAAAGGGAUCCUACCGUCACUUUACGUAGACAUAGGAACGAAAGAGAAAGAGGACAACAAAGAUAUGCUGUUACCAGGCUAAAAGCUGAAGAAAGAAAUCACAACAUAUAUUCAUCCUCACUUACACAAAUAUGCCACCAAGGGGAAGUGAACAUCAUGGGGAUGAGAUCUGCCACAGAGUUUAGCAGUGAAAACAUCAGUCAUGGCCUGCCCUGUGAUCAGAAAUUGGUGGACCACCUACCAGUUAGACAAAUCUGACACCAAUGACUCCAACAAAGAGGACGAAAAGGAGGAUGUAGCUGAGAAGAAGCAGUUAUCGAUUCGUCAGACACUGCGAACCAGGCAGCUGCGCGUAGAGUUUGAUGGUGGACGCCCAGUUUUCAGUCUUCGAGCACCACUGGACCUGGUUCAGUUCCCAUCUAUCUCCUGCCCACGUUGGCCAGUAGAGUGUGAGGUCAUCAGUAACGCAAUUCAUCACAUAGAGUGGGAGCCUCCAAAGCCUGAACCUUUCUACCAUGCAAGUGGCCAUGAGAAGACACCCUUUCCGCCUGGGGAGGAGAGCAGACAAGUUGUCUAUUGCAUUGACGAGGCCGAUAAAUGUCCCUACUUCACAUGCUCUCGUGUUGGAGGAUCCCGUGUUUCUGUGAACAGCACCUCAUCUUCUAAUGACGUCAACCAGACAGACUUCUCACUUGAGUUUGAAUCCCGAUUUGAGAGUGGAAACCUUCAGAAAGCUGUGCAAGUGGGUCCCUAUGAUUAUGAACUCACCCUGCGCACAGAUUUAUACACCAGCAAGCAUACGCAGUGGUUUUACUUCAGAGUCAGGAACAUGAAGGCUGGGGUGAACUAUCGCCUUACUAUAGUCAACAUGAUGAAGCGCCGCAGCCUUUACUCCCAGGGCAUGAAGCCUUUGUUCUACUCCGAGAGAGCUGCUAAGGAGAGUGCUGUUGGUUGGAAACGUAUUGGCUCCAACAUCACAUACUACCGCAGUCAGAAUGCAAAGGAUACCAAUGAGCCAAGGACCCUGUACUCCCUCACAUGGACUCUCCAGUUUCCGUAUGAAUCCGACACCUGCUACCUUGCCCACUGCUAUCCCUAUACCUAUUCACACCUACAGAGCUAUCUCAGGCACAUUUCAUCCAACCCAGCAGUGGUGUCAUACUGCAAAGUACGCGUCCUGUGUCACAGUCUAGCUGGAAACGCGGUCUAUGUGCUAACGGUAACAUCGCGGGCUGGCGAAAAUGAAGAAGAGGGCAAAGCCAAGAAAGCUGUGGUGGUCACGGCCAGAGUACACCCAGGAGAAACCAAUGCAUCCUGGUUGAUGGAGGGCUUCCUGGACUUCCUGCUGGGGAACUCAGAUGAUGCACAACUUCUGCGAGACACUUUUGUUUUUAAGGUGGUGCCAAUGCUGAACCCAGACGGUGUGGUAGUUGGCAAUUACCGCUGCUCUCUGGCAGGCAGGGACCUCAACAGGAAUUACAAGACAACGCUCAGGGAUUCCUUUCCAUGUGUGUGGCACACCCGGAAUAUGGUUGAAAAACUGUUGAAGCAGACAGACGUAGUUCUCUACUGUGACUUCCAUGGCCACAACCGUAAAAACAACGUCUUUAUGUACGGUUGUAAUAACCAAGAUGAUGAUUUUCCAAAGCUUCAGGAGAGAGUUUUCCCUCUAAUGUUGAGCAAGAAUAUCAGAAACAAGUUCUCCUUCCAGAGCUGUAAAUUCCAGGUGCAGAAAAGCAAAGAGGGAACCGGGCGAGUCGCCAUGUGGAGACUUGGUAUCAAAAACAGUUACACCAUGGAGGCCACUUUUGGAGGUUCCACACUGGGUGAUCGGAAGGGAACACAUUUCACCAUUCAAGACCUUAAGUCCUUGGGGUUUUACUUUUGUGACACCUUACUUGACUAUUUUGAUCCAGAUCCGGCGAAGGUGACCUAUUGUCUAAAAGAACUGACAAAUCUGUUGAGAGAUGAAGUCCGAGAACUGGGCAAAGAAUUGGACACCAACUUUUCUGUCUUUGAUUUGGAAUCUGGCACCAGUGGUUCUGAUAGUUCUGAUUCUGAUGGGCUUCCAUUGCAUUUGCUCACACAGCCGCAAACUGUGCAUGCAGAGCAAUCUCCAGUGAAGAAUAAGAAGAAAAUGACACGCAAAGAAAGAGACAGGCUGAAAAGUAGGAUGCAACCUGAAGUUCUGCAAAGCAUCACUCGCCAUAUUGAGCCUGAUUUUCCGCAUGCGAUUGAUAGUGAACAAAAAGAGAGCAUCCAAGACAGGCCACUUAGAAGACACAGGAGAAAAUGGCAGGUUAAAGACCGGAAAAGUGUGAUUCCUGCAGCAGAUACUGGUUAUCUGGGGAUCAGUCACGUGACACUUUGGCAAGGCUUUGAACCUCUCAAGGCUAAUUGCCAAGAAGAAAGGCGAGCAGAAGCAGAGGCACGUCGCAAGAAAAGAGCAUCUUCAAACAUCAACCCUUUUGCAGCCAUUUCACCUCAAAUAGACCAAGACAGAGACCUAGCACAGUGGAGAUACUCAUCAAAGCUGCUGCACUUGAGUGCUCUCCUUCGACGUCCUCCAAGGUUCUUGUACCCGGUCCAGCAACAACUGCAGCAGAUUCGUCAUCAUCAUCAUCUACAGCAACAUAACUUUCAGCAGCAGCAACAUUACCAUCAGCAGCAACAGCAUUAUCAUCACCAUCAUCAUCAUCCUCAGGAGCAGCACCGUAACCACCAUCAUCAGCAGCAGCAACCACAGCAGCAUCCUCAUCGUCAUCAGCAGCAGCAAUGCGUGUCUCGUCUGUUACCCGUCAACGCAACAUCUGACAGGCUCCGUCGUCCCAUGUUUGACAUUGUUCCCACAAGGCACCUGCCGUCAAGCGCCAGGGAUGAUAAUGAUCAUUUCAGAGACCGAAAUUCUUCAAUGACGCCAAACCGUUACUAUGUCCACCAGGAUCUGUCCUCUGUACUUGCAGACAUACCCAACACCAAAUGGCAAGAUGAGAGAGAGGAAGGGGCCUUUGCAGAAGUUGGAUUGCUGAAACAUCUACCGUUUCGAGAGAUUAACCGUCGAAAUCUCAUCUCAGAAAUCUGUCAGAGGAAGCCUAUUUCCCACCCUCGUUUUUUAGUGCCUGUACUAAGGUAUCCAGACUUGCAAGGACAUAGACUCAGCAAUUCAACUUUAGAAGACAAAAGACCAAAGAUUGUUUUACCCCCUGUCGGGAAGCCGUCCACCUCCGCAGAGUGGCACCAUAGGUGAGUGUCAUGUCUGAGGAUAUCAGACCCCUAACUCAGGAAGACUAGGU